AUGCAUUUAACCGAUUUGCAUCGCUGUCCUGCUUGUUAUGGCGUAUCUAUUUGCCCGGAACUGUAUUCCAACCAAAUAAUUCUUCAGAGUGAACGACAUUGGUCAGGAGUAUUUAACGCCAAAAAUAUUUAUUACGGUUACACGAAAUCUAAUAGAAAAAUUAUUCUAAAGAAAUUGGCACAUGACUGGGAAUUAAGAAAAUUUGACUCAAAUAUUUGCAAGAAGUUGAAUUUAAAAGAUGAUUGUAAACCAAUUCAUCUUUUAAACUCAUCAAAUGUUGAUGAAAAACUAUUAUCAAUUGUUCAAUUCAACUUUACUUGGCCUGAUUCAGAACCACGAAAAGGGCUUGUGAUGUGCCCUUAUGCAUAUAGUAUAUAUGAUUUUAUAAAACCACUUCUUGACAAACGGACAUUAAAUUAUAAAUCUGAAAUGAUAAACAUUUGGACUAUGCUUAGUAUAAACCCGGAGCCUAUUAUAUUGCAGAUUCUUCCAAAAUCUCAUGGCUGGCCUGUUCCAACAUAUGCUGGCGUUUGUGGAAGGUUAGAGGUUGUAGCUCAUGAAGGAGAACCAAUUUCAUCAUUGCUGCAUAUAAAAUGGCAUAGAAAAUUGAAAUAUGCUAAGAAAAUACUUGAUGCUGCAAUGGACUUUACAUUUAAACAUGACAGAUUUCGUUUUUAUUUAAUGGAUUGGUCGUUAGAUAACAUUGUGGCCAAUGAAAAGGAUGAAAUCUCAUUUGUUGAUCUAGAAGAUGUUAUUGUUUUAGAUAAGCACAUUUCACCCAGAAAAGAUUUGGCUGAUUGGUAUCAACGGUAUAACAGGGAAUUAGUUGGACCUGGUUUCACAUUCUCAAUUGAGAACAUGUGUAAACAUCAUUUAAGUGACCACAACUUGUGGGCAGCUUGCUACAUUAUAGCUGGUGAUGACAAACCUUUACUGUAUCCUAUUCCGAAAACCAUUAAUGCAUCUCGACCACACUUAGACAAACUAUUAUAUGAAUGUUUAAAUAGUGAUGAUAGAUUUAAAACAAUAAGUAAGCUUCAACAUUAUAUAAGUGACAUGUUGUUAGAUGAAAAACUGCUCGGACUUACAACUGUAAGGUGA